CCGCAUUUGAAGCUUUCAAACAUCCAGCCAUCGUUCGCCUAGGACUGACAUGCGCUAACCUCCCAUUAACAUUUAAUCGGCCAAAAUGCCUCGGGUCUUCAGCUCGAAAUCCUUCAGUGCCCUGCACUCAAACUCUCUCGCCGCCCGUUAUCGUCGUCAACUUACCAAACACCCGUUCCUCCUCUUCGGUCUCCCAUUCCUCACCACGAUAGUCGCGGGCAGUUUCUUCCUCACUCCUGCCACAGCGCUAAGGUAUGAGCGCUUCGAUCGCAAGUUCCAGCAAAUGUCAAAGGAAGAAGCAAUGGGGAUUGGGCAGAAUAGAAGGAAGGUGGAUAUGAAGGAAGAAUACUAUAGGCUGCAAGCGAAAGAUCUGGAUGCUUGGGAGCAGAGACGAGUCAAGCGAUUGAAGGGCGAGAUUGAUGGUAUCCUGGAAUGAAGGCUUGUGAAUGAGGAAUUUGCAUUGGAUUGGCGUUAGCAUGAACCUCAAUUUUAGCAUAGCAUUUGGAGGGCGCGAAUUUGGACGCUGCUGAUAUGGGUUUUUGGCACAAUCGUCUCCCCUCACACGCAAUGAAGAUUCUCUAAAGUCUUCUAAAUAUGAGCCGACACCAGCGUCAUUUUCACUUGCAUACCGUGCUAUUCAUGGUUUGCAAUGCACCAUCAGCACACGGGCUAAGUAAGAGCACUGAAAACCCAAAGAGCAUAGUGUCAAUCAUCUGUUAACGCAAGCACAACCAAGUCAGGUGGGUUGUU